AUUCAUCAAUCUGUCACAGGGCUUAAAGACGGUGGGCUGAUUAAAGUAGAUUACAACGGAGCGAGAGGGGGAGAGUGUGGUGCUGGCAUCACACUCUGGUCACCACAGCAAUGGCUUCACCAUGGAAACACUGCGGCAUUAUCCUCCUCUCUCUCCUUCUCCUCCAUCUGCAAUCCUCCACUUGCCUCGACCGGCCAGCUGCUGCCAGUGUUGCUGUCUCUCCAGUCCAUGAUGAAGAGGUUGCACAGAGUGAUGGAGGGAUGUGGAUGGAGGAGGGUUUGAUGUCUGCAGACCAACCAUUUAGACGACAGCAGUCUCCACAUGUGACACAGAGGAAGUUACUUCAGGUGCCAGGAGCUGCAGUUCCCUUCCCUCCCCUCAAGGUGUUGUCCAAUGGGGAGCCGUGCGUCCUCUUCCAGGCCAGGAAGCUGUCUCUCCGCUAUGAGAAGCAGAAGCAGUUGGAUCUGACGGAGAGAGCCUUUUCUCCUCAGAAACCCGUCGACACCAGCCAGUCUGUCUGCCGCCACGACAAGGCCACAAUGGUUAUGAGGUUUGGAGAUGUGGAGGAUUUGAGAGGUCUGUCCAUCAGACUGCAGCUGUCCAACACGUUCCUAGAGUCUUCGGGUCAGUGGUGGUUCUCAGUGGACAGCGUCUCUCUGCUCUACAACUCCUCUGAAGAGGCCGUGUUCAACGCCAGCGACGUGUACGCCCCGGCCUCCUCCUCCUACCACUGCGACCACGUCAGCAGCCUGCAGCGCUACAGCGCCCUGCUGCUGCCCAGCACCGACCCCGCCCGCCGCUGGAGCAUCACCUUCACCAACUUCCAGAUUCAGGCGUUCAACGUCACCGCUGGCGGGUUUUCCCCCGCGAGCGUCUGCUCCACCUUCCUGACGCCAGCCAUCCUGAUGGGCCUCAUCACGUCCCUCAUCCUGCUGCUGGUCCUGGCCUACGCCCUGCACAUGGUCAUCCACCUGAAACACAUCGAGCACGAUGACGAGCACAAGGCCGACGUCUACUUCCCACAAAGCCCCGAACACUGCUGUGUGGAAAACGACGACUCCGAGAAGAAUAUUCUGUAAUAAAGCCGAGAAGAUAACUAGGCCUCGAGACUGUGAACGCAUACACUUCUGAAAGAGACUCAGCUGAUUUGAUGUUGACAACUGGCAACAAACCUCUGGUGUGACGGUAUGAUUUCAGCUUAGCAUUCGAUUUUUUUUUUAAAUAUGCUAUUUCUAAUGUUUAUGUUUUUAUUUGCCUAUUAGUGGGUUUCUG